CGGGUUUUGUUGUAUUUCCAUAAUCACACAAUCUUUUCCACAGGUGUGAACCAACUGUAAAAGUUUAUUUUUGACCAAGCUAUAGUGGCGCUUUGUAAAUCUUAUACUUGCCGAAUGAAUCACAUGACAUUACAAUGUACAAAUCGAUUCAUGCCUUGUUUAUCAAUUUAGAACUUUGAAAAACAAUCUUAAAAGAGUGUAAAAAUGCUUAAUUUUCUAACGGAGUUUGGCCGGAAGUGCUCUCAAUAGAGCAGGACCUAUCGGAAUCUGACCAAACGUCAUUACGUUUUACACGACGUAACGUAUGACGCAUUGAAAGAUGGCGGCUUACAGUGACAGGUCGUGUGUUGUGAAACAUUGCUAGUUUUUCAUACAGUGACAGAACUGUUUGAAGAGCAAAUUAAACGUUUUGAUAAAUCGUACAAAUGCGGCACCGUUUAGGAACACUUCACGACGUUAGCGGUCGAAUUUGAUGCUAAACAUUUAAAGAUGGUGGAUGGUACGUGAAUGGGACUUUAAGCAGCUGUCUCAUACUACUAAAAAAAUAAUUGAAUUACAGUGUGAGAGAAAAUGUUUCCAGCUACCUGGUCGCGGCUGUCCUGCAAGGCUUUAUCCAGCCGAGCACAGAGGACGCUGAGUCUCUUCUCCAGCUCAGGACCUUCAAACUGGAGCAAAGUGGUCUCCGAUGCAGAGAAGAUCGUCGGAUAUCCAACCUCCUUCAUGAGCCUCCGCUGCCUGCUCAGUGAUGAACUCAGUAAUGUGGCCAUGCUCGUCAGGAAGCUGAUCGGCACUCAACACCCUUUACUCAACACUGCAAGGGGCUUUGUCUACGACAGCAGGAACAACCUUCAAAUGAGGGGACUGAUUGUGCUGCUGCUGUCGAAAGCCGCUGGGCCGAGCCAUGCAGCCUCCGAUCUCCUGGCCCAGGACAUGGUCAGUGGCAUCUACCCGAGCCAGCGAAACUUGGCAGAAAUCACUGAGUUGAUCCACACGGCGUUCCUGGUGCAUCGUGGGAUAGUUGAUUUGAAGGGGUGGACCGACUCAGACGGCCCGCUGAAGGACAUGGAGUUUGGGAAUAAGAUGGCAGUCUUGAGCGGCGACUUCCUGUUAGCAAACGCUUGUACCGGACUCGCCCAACUGAAUAACACUAAGGUUGUUGAAUUGAUCUCGAGUGCCAUCGGUGAUGUGGUUCAAGGAAUCUACAGUGAGAAUUCAAUUCAUGCUGAGGAGAAUAGUCCCACUGAUGGGAUAGACGCGGCGGCAUGGGAGGAGCACGCGUUCCUGUCCCACGGGGCACUGCUGGCCAAGAGCUGUCAAGCUGCGAUGCAGCUCGCCAAACACGACAAGGAGUCACAAAGAUUGGCCUUCAAGUAUGGCAAGCACCUAUCGCUGGGCCACAAGCUGAACUCUGACCUGCAGCCGUUUGUGAAAAGCAGCGUGGGAGAGCCCGUGUCGUUCAGUUUUAGCGCCGCCCCGGUGGUUUUCCACCGUCAGCUCGUCGGCCAGGAGAGAUGGCGUCAGCAGCUGCAGCAGGUGACAACACUGAGAAACCAACUAGAUUACUCAAAGCUUUUGGCAACAGUUAAGUCGGAGAAAGGCGUGAGCUCAGCGGUGGACUUAUGCUGUUACCAUAGCAACAAGGCUCUGGAGGCCAUCCAGGCUUUCCCCUCCUCCGAGGCUCGAUCCGCCUUGGAGAACAUCGCCUCCGCCGUCACCAAAUUUUGACCUGGACUUGCACACGUACACACACACACACACACACACACACACAGAUUGUGUCUUUGUCUGCAGAGGCAACAGGACGAGAUUCACUGAGCAGCUGACACUUACGAGACAAAUGAACUUGUUUUAAACCAGGUGCUGGUUCGUGUCUGGAGAAACUGCUCUGUUCUGCAUCUGAAAUGCACUGGCUGUACCCAUAAAUGGUCAUCAUUAAAAAAAAGAAUAAAAACACAUUA